UGAUAUGUAGUGAACUAAAAUGGCAUAUUUGACGAACUUGGUAUACAUUGUGAAGCACAAUGGUUUGGUUUGGUGAUUAAUGACCUAGAAACCUUAAAGUUUGUGCUCAUCCAUUCCCAAAUGAUUUCUCCAUAGGUACAUUGUCUUUCUUAUAUAAAAAGAUAAAAGCCCAUGCAACGAACUGUCUGGCCAAAGAACAGAUAUGGAGGAUAGAACUCUGCAUCCUGAUCCUUCUAGCCAUAGUGUACGAGUACUUGAAAUUUCAAGAUCAAAGAGAGAUGCUCCUCCUGCUCACUAUACGUUGAAGAUUGAGUCAUUCUCCCAGUUGUGCAGGAUACUUAGAGAUAAUGACCUUGAGAAAUAUGAAUCUGAUGAUUUUGAAGCUGGGGGCUACAAAUGGAAAAUGGUGCUUUAUCCUCAUGGAAAUUGGAAUAGAGGUGCGAAUGGUCACAUUUCUCUCUAUUUAGCCAUUGCAGAGGCAAAAGCUAUUCCUCCUGGAUCACAAGUUGAUGUGACCCUCAAAUUCUUUGUUUAUGAUCACAUUCGAGACACGUACUUAACGAUCCAAGAUGAUGAAAUGAGGCGUUACCAUUAUUUGAAGACUGAAAAUGGUUUUGACCAGCUAAUCUCACUCAAGAUGAAGAUUGAGAGAUUCUCAAAAUUACAAAAAGGUCGCAAUUUUUCAAAGGAAUUUUCUGUUGCAAAACAUAAUUGGCGGUUGAUGUUAUAUCCCAAAGGAGAUCCAAUGGCAGGAGGCAAUAGUCUGUCACUCUUUUUACAAUUACUUAACAACAGUGCUCAUAUCCUCAACUAAGAGUGUAUGCAGAAUAUAAGCUGAC